UAGCAUCGUACAGCAGUAGCUAUUGCAUCCUGUCAACUGACGUCUUUUCCGGCCAAUAGAUGUAGAUAUAUCGCAAUCGGCUUUUGAUUUCAUUCUUAAUCAGGGAAAGAAGGUGUCAUCUGCUUCGUUUGUUAAACAUUCUUCAGUUGUGUUUGGAAAGGUGCUGUUAUCUCCUUGUACACCAGAGUGACCACUGGUCAGUUGGUCGAAGCGAGUCAACAGAGCUGUUUCCGUUAAAAACAGUGGUCAGUACCGAGCGGUCAGUUAGGGAAUAAAACACGUAUUCCACUACUACAAGUGUUGGCCCUGCACCACACAAGAACACCAGCAGAGAUAGCCAAGCAGGCAGGAGCCCAGUGGUCAGUCAGUGUGGUAUAUGCAGCAAUAACACCACUGGUGAAUACGAUGCUAUAGUCACUAGCCAGUGGUCAGCUAUUGCUCAUUAUUUAUGGCUGUUGGCCGGCUGGGCUGAGCUGGCUGACUGAGGGAGAUAGAUAGAUGGACACAAGGCUGACCACUAGCCUGGACAGCUGAUUACAGUCUCUGGACAGGAACACUGGACAUUACUCAAACAUAUUUUUUUGUUCUGGUUGAUGAUGGAAGGAUGGUCAGAGAGCCAAAGCUUGUGGAUGACCAGUGGCUAGAUUGUGCCAUGUAAACAGCCUGGACAGUUCCGUCAUUGACCUAGGAAGUUGCAGAAAAACACUGACCACUGUCAAAAUGAAGGACAUUUUUAGUGACUAUAGCAGCAAAGACACAUCAUGGCAUGGGAGUGAUGCUAUUUCACCCAAGGUGGCGGAUGUUCUUGAGAAGGUGAUGUCAGCCGAGUCCGGUCUAGUGAACCACGAGGAGACGAGUCCACACUACACUGCUCAUAACCAGUCUGCUGCUUACUCCAACCAUAGCCAGGACAAAGAUGAAGCACAUGCAGGUCUGCCCCUGCUGAGUAACCUAUACCACCAGAACAGCUUCUGCUCCUACCCGGACUCCACUUAUUCCAGGAGAGAUUCGGAACAGUCGGACUCAAGCCCCCAGUACAGUCACCCGCUGACUCCUAGUGACAAGUUCAGCUACCGUAGAGAAGAGACUGACAGUUCCAACCUUCCCAACCCGGACUCUAAGGUUCACAAGGACGAAGAGGAGCCGGACAGAAAACCAGGGCACCCAUCAUUCCACAACAGCUACAAGGCGGCAGAUCUUGAGCCCCCUGCUCCAACCUCAUUCUAUGGCAAUGCUCGUCCUUCAGAGGAGGACCAAGUGACAGAGGAGCCACCUUACCCAAGGAAGGAAGAGUCAGGAAGCCCUUUGUACAACAAACAUUGUGAAGCUAAUCCAGAUGGACCUUCACUGACAAGGGAAGCUGACAGCAGAGAGGGGGAAUUGGUGCUCAAUGGGUCAUUCUCCCAAGAACAGGAUGAAGGGACCCAGAACACAUCUCAUCUGAACAGCUCCUUUAAUGACUCCUACCAUUCAGAUGAGGACAGUUCUACUGAAGGGCUCAGGUCAGGCUUGAACGAGUCUAACUCUGAGCAUCUCCUACCAGAAGACUACAAGAACUACUCCUUCCAUGGAAUUACCUCCACCCCCCUAGCUUCUCCUGGUUACCUUGGAAACAGACGAUUCUCACUGACAUCCAACCCCAGGUCUAUAGACCCCUCCUCUCCAACUUUCAACUCAUACUCAAAACAAACAGGACUCUACUUCUGUCAUCUGUGCAGCUUCUCAGCAAAAUGCAAAGAUGACUUUGAUGCUCACAUGAGCAUUCACUUUGAGUACAGUUGCCCACACUGUGACUACACUUCUCGAACUGAGGGGAGACUCAAGCGACAUAUCAAAGACUUCCACUCCAGUGAUUCAGACGGCUUUGGAACUGCUAAGAUGCAGAGGAUGCAGCCUGGCAGACCUAAAGUGUAUCGGUGCAAGCAGUGCAGCUUUGCUUCUACUACUAAGGUGGACUUCUGGCAACACUCCCGCAGCCACAUCAAGGAGGAGAAGCUGCUCCAGUGCCCACGAUGUCCGUUUGUCACAGAGUACAAACAUCAUCUGGAAUAUCAUCUUCGUAAUCAUUUCGGGUCCAAGCCAUUCAAGUGCAACAAAUGUAAUUAUUCAUGUGUCAACAAAUCCAUGCUCAACAGCCACAUGAAAUCCCAUACCAAUGUGUAUCAGUAUCGUUGUGCAGACUGCACCUACGCCACUAAGUAUUGCCAUAGUCUCAAACUCCACCUGAAGAAGUAUAACCACAAGCCUGCAGCAGUAUUAAAUGCAGAUGGGAGCUUGCCUCAAGGUCUGGAACCAGAAACCUCUGGUUUAUCACUUCUGGCGAAGAGAGGCCCACCAAGAGGACCACGAGGUCCUAGAAAGGACAAGAUGGACCAGUACAUGAGUCCUCUAUUCCACCUACCUCAGUCCUCCAUCCCAGGCAUGCAUCCAGGCUUGAACAGUGGCCUCAUGGCUCCCUACUGGCCUCUGCUGAAUGGUAUGCAACCACCCCCACCUCUCAUACCUGUCAACAACAUGCCUGGGCAGAUGAGGCCUCCACAGUCACCACAAUCAUCAUCCCCUGGAAAAUACAGCAAAGGUGAGCUUGGCUCUACAAAGUGCAAUUUGUGCAGUUUCAAGGCAGAUUCACCAGAAGGUCUCCAUGCCCAUGUGUUGAAGGUUCAUGCUGCUGGAGAAAACCAGGACCUCUUCAGCAUGUUUGGGAUUUCUUCAGAAGCUCUGUUGGAUGAACAAAAUCUCAAAGCUCACCUUGCUCGCCAACGGUCUUUGACGAAACCAGACAGAGUAGUCACUCCUACAUCAAGGCACAAUACCAUGCUCCAUGUCCAAACUGACCAAGGCAGUACCCCCAGCAAAACCAGUCCUCAUUCAUGGCCUGCUAACCAGCUAGGCGGUCACCCACAUCAACCAAACACCAGUCGCAGCCUUCCUGAGUUGGCAUAUUCCUCCAGAAAUGGACAGGAUCCUACUUCUCCUCAAGAGCCUGUAGAAGGUGCUGACAUUCUUAAACAGAUGACCUUGAAGUUUGGUGGUGGUGGUAGUGCUGUAACUCCAAGGAUACGCAAAGAGUCCCCACUCGAUCUCACAAAACCAAAAUCAGUCUCCCCACCAGCCUACUCACCUUUGAGUGGUAUGCAUCAUAUUCUGCCUCAUGACACACCUCUGAUGCCAAUCAAGAGACCAUUCCAAGAAGUUGAUGUCCCUUCAAGUAAUGACUCCACAGAAAAUGCUGUACCUAGUCCUAGGAAGAGAUCUCGCAAGGGCAAGGCAUACAAGUUAGACACUUUGUGUCUCAAACUCCAAGAGAAGCAAUCUGGUUCUCCCUAUGACAGUGAAAGUGAAGAAUCUAGCAGUGAAGUUCCUCCACAAGAAUAUGUUACUGAAACCAGAACACAGUCAGUUGAAGGUAGCCCAAAUGGAAGAGGAGAAAGCCCAGGCUCACUUAAGGUUGAAAGAGGAAAAUUUUCACCUCCACACAAAGGUGAUGAAGACAUGGCAAAUGGUCUUACAUCCAGCCCUGUCACACAUAAAAAUGACUUUGAACAAAUUCACGAAAAUUUGAAAAUACUUAACAGUGGCAUAAAACCAGAACCCCAGAGUCCCAAUGGAGACAGUCACAGUAAUUUUGAGAAUAAUGAUCAAAGAGAGACUCCAAGCCCUGACAAUGGUAUGAACAAAGCCAAUAUGCCCAAAGAUUACGAAGGCAAGCCCCGCAUGAUUUCAGAGUACAUGAGGCAUCAGAAGCCACCCAUGACAUCUGCACUGAGACGUGGAGCUGAACUGGCAUGGAAGAUCCUGCAGGACUCUGGACCAGAUGGUGCCCCAGUGCAGAAUGGGGAAAUUGUGUUAGAGAAUCCCCCCAAUGGACUGCAUCCACUGAGGACAGACAAGUCCCUCACUCUUCCAAGCGAACUGUCCCUAAAUGCUCUCAACCACAGCAAGACGAAGCCCUUCCGUGGUGCUGACAGUUUUGAGUGUCACUACUGUGAGAUAGCAUUCCGGGACUGUGUCAUGUACACCAUGCACAUGGGUUACCAUGGUUACCAAGAUCCUUACAAGUGCAACAUGUGCGGUCACUGCAGUAAGGACAAGGUGGAGUUCUUCCUCCACAUCGCACGAGCUGCACACAACUAAACUGUCAAGCACUGUCUGUUAUGGCUUGCUUAUAGUAUGUCUGUCAUAAUAUGCUUGGACACGCCAUGUUCAUCCUGUGAUUCUGCAAUGGACUUGUAACAGUGAUAAGGCUGCCGAGAAUGUCUUGGUAGUCGAUGUAGAUUUGGUAUGCACCAUUGACCAUGUGAUUCAGAUUCUUGCAGUUACUCCACAGUUUCACCAUUAUUUCAUGUUUUGAUUGUAUCUGUUAAGAUUCUAGGUUAUUUAAUCCUGUAUAAAGAUUAUGUUAGAUAUAAUAUAUAUGUAAAUAUGGGAACUAUGCGCAGGAAAUGCCAUUUAACUAGUCCACCAAGACCAUCUGAAUCAGUUCACAGAUGUUGGUAUGUUAGUUUCACUGUUGUUGAACAAGUUGUUUUUUCCAAUCAUUUUGCCACACUCUGAACAUUCACUGUGUCAUUGGUGAUGUAACUGGUUACAAACGUAGCAGAGCCAUAACAGACACAACCUGAAAUGUGCAAGAAAGCAGCGUUCCCAGUGGGCAUAAGAGGCUGAAAGGAAAACAGUCAAGUAUGGACUUUAUCACGUGCCUCAUUGGAUGGAUGUUCAUCUUCUGCUUGGCACAUGUUGACUCCCUGAUGUGACCUUGAGAGGUCAUCUAACUACCUCAUGAUCUUCCCAUGUUGGCCGGCACUUCGGACAGAUGUACACAAGUUGGCGUCCAUGGACUAUAAUACUGAGGUGCUCCUAGUCCUUCCUGGCUUCAGGAACCUGUGGUACAGCCGUUGUCAACUUAGCUCCCUGCAGGGAGAGAACAUAUAGCUUGUGGUCCAGUCACUGUAACAUUGUAGCAGAGUCAAGCUUUAGCUGCACCUCAUGCUAAACUAUUGAUGGGAGUCCCAUAGAGUUCUUUGUGUUGUAUGCACAGGUUGAUGCAUAAGGAAUCAUGAUUUUUAUCGUUAAAGCUCAGGUUGAAAACUCAUGAUUUUCAUUUUAACAUCAGUAUUGUUUUGGAGAUGAAUUACACCAAUUAGUGCUGCAUAGCUGUCCUUUGUAUGCUCUGUGAAAUGGGGAAGGCAUGAUUUGGGCACGGAGUACACAUCCUGACCAAAGAUAUGUUAUCAGUCACAGGACUUAGUUGGGAGAUAGGAAACGUAGCCUUACCAUUUCGCAAGGUGUAGAGAACAACAGAUGAAGUGAACAGCUCAACACAGAGUGAUGAGAGCCAUUUGUUACCCUAUCUGCUGCAUAUAACUUGGCUUUUAGCAUGUGUAGUCGUAGUUUAGCCAUUUAAUUUAUGUUGAUUUUUAGCUUGCCUGGUCAGCUAAUUGUUAUGACUUUAUACCGAAUAGGUAUAAUGAGUGUUACUAUAAUUUAUGAUUCCUCUCCUCGGUGCUCAUAAUUCAUUAUUAAUUAAUUUGUCAUUACUUGUAGAUGCUUACUGUAUAGCCACUGUCUACCAGAUUUGAAAAUGUUGUUCAAAUCCGAGAUGAUAAUAUGCAAUGAUUCAGCACUUUGUGCACGUCUCAAUUGACUUACAAUAAUUUGUUGAUUUCUCAAGCUUUAAUCUUUUCUGUUGUAUUGUGCUGAUUGUCUCCCCCUACGCACCUCUUCCUUUCCCUUUAGCAUAAGAUGUAUUAUGCUUGUACGAGGAAUUGCAACCAGAUAGUGAGAGGGUGUUUGUGUCACAGGCUGAAUGGAGGGAGAAACGGUCCAAAUUCUAAAUCUUCAGCUUGUAACUAUUUGAUUAGGUAUUCAUUUAGAAGCAAAUGAAAUAUUUGUUUGGUGUUCACGUUCAUUCAGCCUCUUGUCAUGAAACAUAUCUUGUGUAUUGGUGUACAUUCACGGAAGGAAUUUGAUUGUUUAUGAAACACUCCAAAGCCAUCUUCAUCACCUUUCAUCUUGUUACGAUUUUCUACUCAGGGGAUAUUAAACAUAACUUCAUCCAGAGCUCAUUACCAAGGCAACCCUACCACUCUCAACGACUGCAAAAUAUGCUCCUGUUCAUGUUCCUGACAAACCUUGGGUCGGAGGACCACAUCCAACACUGGUUAAUAUGAUGAGAAGGUAGUUGGGUUUGCAUCAUUUAGAAACACUCAGAUUUCCUCAUCGAAUGUAUCAUAUCUACACAUAUAUCCUAUUUAUUUUGUUGUUAUGGAGAUCAGCCAAUCUGGUUAUAUUCUGCAAGAGUAAGUUAUACUUGUAUACACCUUUCUCUCCAAGUGUUUCACUAAGCGUCUACCUCAUGUUGGUUCACCAACAGUCUGUUUUGCAUAAAUAACCUUCACCCCUGUUAAUAUCUCAUGGUAUUUUUCUCACUGUUGCCAUAUGUCUCGCUCAUGUUACUCAUUCAAAGGGAGAUAACUGCCAUUUCCCUUCAGUAUUACUCUUGUGAUGUUUCCUCUGAUAGCUCAAUAUCUGUUCAAAUCUGGGGGCAGAGAAAUAUACUAUUCCCCUGUAUCAAUGAGUUUGGGGACCCUGACAAGUAUUAUAACACCCUUUGUUCUGUGUACAUUUUCACAGAUUCUGUAAUGGGGCUCUCGAGCCUGUCGUAAUGUUGCAUAUUCAGCUGAACUGUGUAUGGCAUUUUCAGGUAUUUCAAAGACUGGUGGGACAAUUAAAUUGAUUUAAUAGAUGAUUAUGUCAUAGGCAUGCUCAGAUGAACAUGUAAGUUUGAUUGGAGGAAACACGUUUUACCUAACGAUGGUUCACGCUGUAGCUGUUUGUGGAUAUUAGUGGGGAAUUAUGAACUAUUUGUGGGCAGUUUGUCCAUUGUUUACCAAAGGCCAGUCCAGCACACUGUGCGGUUUGUUGUACAUGUAUCAUACUGUUAGCACUCGGACACAAUCUUAUAACUGUAGCUAAUGAUUAUUACUGAUUUCUGUUGAAUAAUUAUUGUAUAUUUGUAGCUUAAUUAAUUUAUGAAUUACUUUCUAAUCAUGCCUAGGCAUUUCACUGUAUGUAUUUUAAAGCAAUUAUCAAGCCAGUUUUGUCCUUGUUGUUGCAAGUGCAUUUGGGUGAUAAAAUAUAUGCAAUGCACCAAUCUGUCUUUGAACCCUUAAUCUGCUUUCACUCCACCUGCCUGCCCCUUUUUUAUUUCUAAAGGGAGAUAACUCUCUCAGUGAGCUAUGAUGGAUGUUUAACCACUGUUUAUUGCCUCAUGACCGAGUCCUCUCCUCUUUUAUCCAUGUAUUUUUCUGCAACUUUUGAAGAUUUUUGUAUUGGGCAUUGAACAAGUUAAAUCUCUUUUGAGCAGAAAUCCAGACCAUUUCGAAACAUUGGCAUAUCAGAACAUGUCCCACAUUACUGGCUGCAAGAAUUUUGUUAAACUUUCAAAGGCAUAUUUUCUUUCUCAUCACAUAUGCAACAUUCUAACAGUGGAUUUCAACCUUGCCUCAAAGACUAUAUGUAAAAAUUUACAUCCCAUAUAUACGUAUAAAUAUAUAUACAUAUUAUAUAUACAAUUGCCAUUGUUUUCACAUAUUGUAUGUUUCAAGUUCAUAAAUAACAGUAUUCUGAUAAUAUUUGAGCUUAUUUCCUCCCAACAAGCUUCAGAGAUGGGGUCCAGGGUUACCAGUGAUGAAACAAUGUUAAGUUGAAACGGUUCGACAUCGAAGGCGCACCCUGUGUACACACCUGAUCUGGGAUGUAUACAGUGUGGCCCUCAUGUUGGUGCCAUUGUAGAAUGUUCUACUUACUUUGAAGUCAACAAAACUCAGACAAAGCAAGCAUGUAAGGAAAAUAACUUCAUUUCUCAGAGUGCCAAAUGGUUAAUGAGGUAGAGAACCAACCAGAGUCAAGUCAUGAAAGUGCCAUCUUGUUAGAUCUCUGCAUUGUAGCAUAUAAACUCUUGUCAAUUUUCCCAGCUAUUUCAUCUUACAAUUAACAGAUUGGAGAGUCGUCAAACAUUCCUUAAUUCCUUUGGAGAAAGUAUUGUUGAAGGGCAACCAACCAACCAUUCCAAACCGUCAUCAGUAAUACAUUCAGUAGCAUAUUGUGAUCAAGUUGACACCGGUGAUUUGCUUCAACAGAUUACAAAGAUAUUGCUUUGUUAUACUUCAUCACUAUUUUGAUAGGUAUUGUAUCUUCUCACUGCACAUUAAGUAACAAACUCACACAUCUUCCUGCUGUAGCUAAAUGAGAGCGACCAGCUUCCUCUGUGGAUAUUGUAAGCAUGCUCUUGGGCCACCCUGGACGCCAUCUUGGAAACUAAACGGGUAUCUUAUUCUUGUACAUGGUGAUAAUACUACGAGGCUUGUUGGCUGGAAUGGGCUGUUGAUCUCAUAUGAUUACUGUAUUUGGAUUAUGUGUUAAUUGUGUGCGAUUGGAGAAUGACCUGACUACAUCUGUACUCCUGGCUCCUUUGCGUCGGAGCUGGUUGGUUUGAGAUGCCAGGAAACCACAGGGCCAUCUUGCGCCACCAGCACUGUCCAAGGGGCCAUUCGUAGUCACCCUAGGUGAGCCUCUCACAUAGUGUUAUUGCUACGUUCAUCAUAUCUGCAGUUUUGAUUGUAAUGACAGUACAUAUGUUCUUGCUCCGACUGUGUUAACUGAACUACCUGGCAGGAUAAGCGGUCCUCCCUCCGUUCCCCCCUCGUGUGGUGGGAGGCGGCAGGGAGGACCCUCUUUCUGUUGCACCUACAGCAGCCAUUGAUUCUUCUUAUUUUGUAGUCCCCGUUGUAGAUGUACAGAUUAUUUCCUGUCUGUAGCAUCGGAUCAUUUCAUGAAUGUCAUGUGUUCGUGAGGAAUAAAGUCUGGUGUAUUGUCA